UCAGAAGUGAGUUCAUUCCCCGGACUCGAGGGGACGGAACGCCGUCGGUAGAUUUUCACACAGCCGCUUGAAUUGACCGCCUAAAACCAGCGAUACAACGGACAGUACUUUUCACCGAGCCCGGCCAUGGACGAACAGGCGGGGCCCGGAGUGUUUUUCAACAAUAAUAACAACUCUGUUUUACCGGGCGCUGGGAAAGGACCGCUGCCGGAUGGCGACGCCGGGGAGGCGGCCAGGGCGCAGUACAGUAUCCCGGGGAUCUUGCACUUCCUGCAGCACGAAUGGGCCCGCUUCGAAGUAGAAAGAGCACAAUGGGAGGUGGAGCGGGCCGAAUUACAGGCCCAGAUUGCCUUUCUGCAGGGGGAGAGGAAAGGCCAGGAGAAUUUGAAGAAAGAUCUUGUGAGGAGGAUCAAAAUGCUGGAGUAUGCAUUGAAGCAAGAGAGGGCAAAGUACCACAAGUUAAAAUAUGGGACAGAAUUAAACCAAGGUGACAUGAAACCUCCGAGCUACGACUCUGAUGAGACGAACGAGAACGAAACUUCAGGGUCGCUCAAUAAUCAGCUGUCCUGGAAACAAGGCCGACAGCUCCUCAGACAGUAUCUGCAAGAAGUGGGCUACACAGACACCAUCUUGGAUGUCAAGUCUCAGAGGGUGCGAGCACUGCUUGGACUAGCAGGGGAUGGGAGUGGAAGAGGAGGUGACAGAACGAGUACUGAGCCUCUGGUUAAUGGGACCGACACUUCAUCGAAGGGCAUCGGCACCAGAGGAAAAGCUGAGCUGUCAGACACAAGCGCAGUGCUGGAGGCCUUCAAAUUUAUUGAAAAUGCAGCCGCCGAGUUCAGUGAUGAAGAUGAGGAAGACGACAGUGAGGGGAAGGACAGGACCAUCGUGGAGUCCAGAACAAUUAUGAGGAAGAAGCCGUCAUCAUCAACGCCACCCGCCAGCAUGGACACAAGUGAGGACCCUGACACAGAGGAGGCUCUGAAGGGCUUUGAUUUCCUGUCCAGCCCUGAUGAGAUGGACAUCUCACCGGAGUCCAGAGGCACCGGGGACGGUACUGACUGGGAGAAGGACGAUCAAGAUCCCAUAUCUGAGGCCUGGGACGUGGACCCGGGCAUGAUAAUCAAACUCAAGGAGCAGUACAAAAAGGAACGCAAGGGGAAAAAAGGGGUGAAGAGGCCCAACAGAUCCAAGCUGCAGGACAUGCUGGCGAACCUCCGAGACGCCGAGGACGUGCCCCACAUGCAGCCCCCAUCCACGCAGCAGUCACGACCCAACGUGGUGCGCUUCAACGAGCACGACGGGAGCCGCACUGAUGAAGUGGAGGCGCUGACUUUCCCUCCCACAUCAGGGAAGUCCUUUAUUAUGGGCUCAGACGAGUCCUGGAAGAGCGAGCUGGGCCUGGGAGAACUGGCUGGGCUCACCGUUGCCAAUGAGGCCGACAGUCUUACGUACGAUAUCGGCAACAACAAGGACGCCAUGAGGAAAACCUGGAAUCCCAAAUUCACUUUGCGCAGCCAUUUCGAUGGGAUCCGUGCCCUCACCUUUCACCCGGUAGAGCCGGUCCUAGUCACUGCCUCUGAAGAUCACACACUGAAGAUGUGGAACCUUCAAAAGACUACCCCUGCUAAAAAGAGCACGUCUUUUGAUGUUGAGCCCAUCUACACGUUCAGGGCUCACAGGGGGGCGGUAUUGAGCGUCGUUAUGAGCAGCACAGGGGAGCAGUGUUUCAGUGGAGGCGUUGAUGGCACUAUCCAGUGUUGGAACACCCCAAAUCCAAACAUCGACCCCUACGACUCUUAUGAACCGUCUGUGCUGCGUGGCGAGUUGUCCGGACACACAGACUCGGUCUGGGGUUUAGUGUACAGCAGUGCUCACCAGCGCCUCCUGUCCUGCUCUGCUGAUGGAACCGUGAGGUUGUGGGACGCCAACAGCACUUCUCCUGCCCUCGCCGUCUUCAACGAGAACAAAAAGCUGGGAGUUCCCUCGUCUGUGGACCUGGUGUGCAGUGAGCCAGCUCACCUGGUCACAUCCUUCACGAGCGGCGAGAUCGGACUCUUCAACAUGGAGACCCGUCAACUGGUCCUCAACCUGGAGUCCAAUGUAGAUGCAGGUACUCCGUGCCAGAUUAACAAGGUCCUCAGCCACCCGACACUGCCCAUCACCAUCACGGCUCAAGAGGACCGCCUCAUCAAAUUCUACGACAACAACAGUGGGAAGCUCAUCCACUCCAUGGUCGCCCACCUGGAUGCCGUCACCAGCUUAGCGGUGGACCCCAACGGACUCUAUCUCAUGUCGGGCAGUCACGACUGCUCCAUCCGUCUGUGGAACAUGGAGAGUAAAACGUGUAUCCAGGAAUUCACAGCUCACAGGAAGAAGUUUGAGGAGUCGAUCCACGACGUGGCGUUUCACCCCUCGAAAUGCUACAUCGCCAGCGCCGGAGCAGACGCGCUCGCCAAGGUGUUCGUAUGACGCAGCGCUUUGUCUCCCUGCGGUCCCUCCCUCUCUGACGCCGCCUCCCUGGAUCAGGGACCAAUAGUGACAAUGGAGGGGGAAGGCCUUCAGGCAGGGGUCUGAUCCCUCCUCACUCAGCCCGAUCACUUCGCUGUUGGCAAUGCAGACACUGUAGCCUGACAAGGCUCUUCAGGGAGGCUAGUCAGAAGGAGACUCCCGCCCCUCAUCGACCAUCCAGGCAGGCCUGGGUGUGACGCUCGCAGUGCACCCACACACCGACUCCUCAGACCCGGAGGCUCAGGACAAGUGUCAGUGUGUCGUGAUAUGGUGAGGUUUUAAAGCCGGUCUUCUGCCCCUGUGACCUCACACUUCACCUCAGACCCCGCUCUGGAUCCCACACCUCCCUCUCACACAAAUGGGGUCCAGACCUAUUUCGUUGUUUUUUUUUUUUGUUUAGUGGGACACUGGAGGCUCACUUCUUCUUCUGUUCCCACGUGGACUCUAGUUGCUGGCCUGCCUUUGCUUUUCCUUUUUAAACACUCGUCGACAAAUGUGCCUUUGCUGUAAAAAGGCCUUGAAAAGUUAUUUUAACAAGCUAAUGUUGGGGAGUGGGGGGGGGACGGCAGAAGAAAUCGAUCUGGUUGUCACAUUUUAACAUUGGAUGUAAAAUUAAAAAUGCUUAUAAUAAUAAUAAUAAACAAAAUAUAUGAAAUAUAUAUAAAUAUAUAAAUAUAUUCAGUCUUAAAUUUACUGUGCAGAGUGAGUUUGAGUGCUCAGUUUUUGAUACAUGUGGUCGGGGAAUCAAUCUUGUGCGUUUGAGGCGAAACCAGUAGAUGAACAGACCAGUAAAUAUUUGUCUGUUAGAUUCAAGUACCUGUACACUUGAGCAGUAAGAUUACAACAUCUGUUUCCAAAGUAAACCAUUUUGGUUAGCAUUAAAACCUGGUUAGAGAUGUCUGGUUUUUAGGAACCUCUUGAUUUUGGCCAGUUUGCUGUUGUUUGAAUUGAAUGGCUUGUGUUGUACGUAGUUUUCCCAACUGUGUGGACAUGCUAGACUCCACUGUGAUGUAUAUCAUGUCCAGGUAUUUACAGUAGUCCGCUCUCUAGCUGGAAAUUAGCACAGUUCUAAUCGAGACGUUCACCAUCCGACACUGGAGGACGAGGAAGAACCUGCGACUUUCAAGUAAGCGAGGAGGGAAUAAUGUUUGGAUCCAGGUGUUGGAGCGCAGCAUCGGAUGAGCCAUUUUCUCAGUCACUGGUUUGUAUAUCGAAGUAUGUUCAAAAUAAAAUCUGCUGUAAACUCAA